CGCACACACACGGAUACACACCAACACAGAGAGUCAGAGCAGAGGAGCUCUCAUCCUGAUCGGUGCCAGACGCACUGUCGACUUUUUGUUUUUGCGCGAGUUUAACUACAGUUUUGUUUAGUUUUUUGAAUUAAGGGUAGUUCAUAAUUCAGUUUGGUGUCAGGUUUGAUUUGUGUCAAAAUUGUGGCUGGUUUUUCACGGCUAUUUGGAAUAUAUUUAAAUAUAUAAGGUGGAUACUCCACGACGCGCAGAAGUCAUCUUGAAAAAGUUCGUCCAGGAUUGUUUCUUUUUGACGCAGGAGCGCGCAGCAGCUCGGAGCGCUACAACUUGUCGGCGAGAUUUUGGGGUGUUUUUUUGACUUGAGUGGUCCCAGAAAUGGUGGGGCACCUACAUUUACAAGCGAUGGAUGAUAGCCUGAAAGGAAAGAACCGGGAAGGGCUGCUCGACAGUCCGGAUUCGGGGUUGCCCCCCAGCCCCAGUCCGCCCUUCUGCUCACUCUCUCCGGGUCUGAUCGAGUCACGCUCCGGCAGCUGCACGACGCCCGUCGAAAGCCAUCAUGGAUACUAUAAAAAGGAAAGCAGAGAAGGCAAACUGCUGCCCUACCUGCUGCUUAACUCCACGGGCACAGACCCAAAGACUCGCAUGUACCCUGUGUUCUUUGGGGAAAGCAUCGAGGUCAACCCCAAACCAGAGCAGGAAAUCAAGUGCAACUCUGAGGUCAAGUACGACUCCGACAAGCAUUACAGAGACCGGGUGUACUGCGCCCCCGUCCCCACAGCCACCUCCUUCAGCGAGACAGUAGUGGCAGUGCGGAACUGCACUUGGAGGAGCUACAAGUCCCAGGUGUACCUGGAGCCGCGGCAGAAGCCAAUCAGCUACCAGAGCACCACCAUCAUCUAUCCGAAGCACGCCAAGAACACUUACCGCACCACGCUCAACUACAACGCCACAGGCUCCCGCCGCUGGUUUGUCUCCACAGUGCAGCUGGAGUCGAGCGAGGACACUAGUCCCUGUAUCAUCUACACAGAGGACCUGUAGGGCCCAGACGGCACUGGGAGAGGGCUACCUGGUGAUCAUCACGUUUGUUUUGGAGGACGAGGAACUUGGGAAGGCCCGUAUCGAAAGGGAAAUACUUCAAGUAAUACCCGGAGCCCCUAAAAAUCCUACUCUGUUCAUCUAUACUCACCAUGGAGGAAACUCUGGGAACCCUUUAGUGAUGUUUCACCUGAGUGUAUUUAGACUUUCUACUGAUGCAGUCUUUAAAAAGGGAGUCUGUCCUCCGGCAGUUUAAAGCUGCACUUCAAUGGUUAAUGUCUUAUUUAAUACAAGAGCUGACAAAUUGGUGGCCUUUGCUCUCUUUUCAGGUUGGAUUGUAACCUCAGUGAAGGUAACAGACUGUAAACGUCUGUGCAUGUAGAGAAAAGUCGAGAAGAUGUGUGGUGGAUUUCAGCCGAGCCUGCGCAAACCCAGUCACACCAAUGCAAAGCUUUCUAAUAUGGCUUUAUUGCACUUGUUUUCUAUAUAUCACAGUCCUCCCAGCGGACUUGGCAUUGCAGGGGGGGGGAUGUCAGUACAGCAUAUAAAACAAAAUUGGACCAAAGAUAGUUUGAGCAGUUUAUAUCUUUGUAAUAACCCCACACUCUGAGACAGAGCACUUGAUUUUGUUUUACAGUUUUAAUUAACACACAAACAGCAGCCUGUCUAGUUUGAUCAAGCAUUUAAUUAAACCCUCUACACUCUGCAAGGUGUCCUGUUUAUUCAGCUGAGUGCUCUGCAGAAUUAAGACUAAUGAAUAGAAGGAUCACAGCACAAUAACAGCAGAUUGCCAGGAGAAUAAGUUUAAAAAGGGAGAUAUUUAAAGCCUCUGAAAACUUAGGUUUCAAAUCUUAAAUUGUCUGUAACAUUCAAUAUUCAACAAUACUGGAUCACCGCAGUUAUGGUUUUUAUCUUAUGUUAAACCUCUGUUAAGACUUAAUUUGAAUACUCUGGUUGAGAUUAUAAAUGAGGGUGUUUUGGUAAACAGGUUCUUUUUAGCUUGUUUGGCUGCAGAGCAACAAUCAAUGAAGUUGGGAGGGGGACAUCCAUUAUUUAUUAAGAGCUGAACACUUAAAAACUCAGUUAAUCUGCUUCAUCUGGACCACAUCAUCUGUUGUUAAAAGAUGAUUGAGAACAGACAUGUUUUCAGGGCCUUUGAGCACGGUGGGUAUUGGUUUGCUUUUUUUAAUCUGUUUGUUUUUAACCCGCUUUGGUGUCAGAUGGUGCAGCUGCUCACACAAGUGCCAAAAAGAAAUAGACAAUCGGGGGAAGCGGAAGCCGUGGCGUUCAGUCAUCUACUUCUCCGUGAGAGUCAAACAUAAAAAAAAGAAGUAUUUCCAACUGCGAUUGUCUGGAUGGUUUCGUGGUACAAGGAUUAUUGUUUCAAAUGCCUCUCAAAAUGAGGCUAACACUGUUCUGGAUUAGGCACCAGCUAUUCGUAAAUACAUCACCAAGUUUGUGCAUGAAGUAGGCUAACUAGUUGAUAGUUUCAAACUUGAGAUAUAGCCUACUAAAUCAUGUUGCACUAUUAAUACUUAAGAACUGUCUGCAGCUUCAUCCGAAAAAAUCCAAAGUCACUGAAGCAUCACAAAAUUCUAGUUUUAGUGGGAUGAUAUAUUAAAUGUAACUAGUAAUCAUUUCUAAAUGUAGGUAAGAAUUUGUUUUGUUUAUGCUAACCUAGCUAAUGUGAUCUGGUCGUUUAUUCUGAUAUUAUAGUCAUGUUUUUUUUUUAUUUAAAAUCUUCCCAAAUGUCAGGUCAGACACUUCAGUCGUAUUAUUACCUCUUCUCUCCAUUCUAUGAAUCAAUAACUUUUUAAAAAUAGUAAAAAAAAAAAAAAACAGUUCAAAAUUAGUUCAUAGGUGGUAGCUUAAAUUCAAAGUACUUCGGUGAUAUUUUAAUUCCGUUAGACAUAAGGUGCAUAUUAAUUUGGACUCGUCAACUGAGACGUAUGGGAGUUUGUCUUGGUGAAAAAAAAACAAAACGCAUUAUGUUCGGACAUUAAUCACAUUGGGUCAAAUGGGUCUAAAUGGGUCUUAUAGCCUAUAAGCAAGCUAACGUGAGCUUUGUCAGUUGGUUGUGUUAGCUACCGUUACGUACAGUCACUAACAGUUACACCCGGAAGUUACACAUAAUAACCAGUUUCUCUAUAAGAACUACUUUGUGUGAUGCAUAAACUUUAAAUUUAGUGAUGUGUUAAUCUCCUAUAAACACUAAACUCAACACUAAACACGACAAGGCUUGAAUUUAUGAAUAGCUGGUGCAGCAGAGUGUUCCAUGUUGUUUUCAGAUAUUAACACACUGUCAUAUUGGACAAUUUUUGAACCGUUAGCUCAAAACCAUCAACCCCCUCUGUAAUCAGUAACACGUAAAAAGUGGAGCAGAUUUCCCCGUUGAAGAUGUAAAAUAGAUUUUUAUUGAGCGUUUUUAUGACUUCUUUCUGUGUCUGUCGUAUCCAGUAUAUAUAUAUAUAUAUAUAUUUAGAUAACUGAACAUGGCAAAUAUUGAAACUUCAGACUUUACCUCAAAUCUUCAUGGGUAUCAGUUUUACUUCAUUGGAAAUGUGUAUUCCCAAUUUUCAGUUGAGGUGUUGAACUUGCAGUCUUGUUAUUUUUUAUAGUUUGAAAUACCCUCCAGAUUAGUGUAAGGGUAGGAGGUACGUGGAGGGCACAAGAGGUGGUGCAACAGUACUGUAAGAUGGGUACUGGGUUUUAAUGAGGGAACAGUAAGUGGCAGAACAAGGGGAGAAAUGUCAGAUCGGCUCUUUAAAAAGAAACAUUAAUGAGGUCAGGAAAUUGUUUUGAAGAUGGCUUUUUAUACUGAACAGUAAAGUUCUUGGCAAGAUGAUGGAGAGUUUUGCUAUGUGUAGGUGGUCUGUGAAAUGUCAGAGAAUGAUGAGAGAAAGUUGGUGGGUGUCAAGUUAAAUACGUUGGUGGUUUUAUGUGAGAUGCUUUUGUGUUUCCUAACACUUGAUUUUGUUACUGUAAAAUAUUUUCCUGUUGUAUAUGUGGCAUCGAGGCACUUCAUAAUUCUCUUUAUAUUUUUGUACGUCAAUCAUAGUUCUUGUUCUGAUCAAAGAAAAUAAUUUAAAAAGAUGUAUAUCCUAAAUGAAUAAAAAGAAGCAAUUCCCAAGCCCUAA